GGCGGCGGCGGCGGCUGCGCGCGGAGGAGGUGGAGGUAGUGCCCGGCGGCCGCUUCCCGCCCCCGAGCCGGUUCGGAGCGGAGUGAAUCUGAGGUCGGGCCCGGAGCGGAGCCGGCCGAGCGGGCGCCGAGCCCCCCGCCAUGGCCCGGAAUACGCUGUCCUCGCGCUUCCGUCGGGUGGACAUCGACGAGUUUGACGAGAACAAAUUCGUGGACGAGCAGGAGGAGGCGGCGGCGGCGGCAGGCGAGCCAGGCCCGGACCCUAGCGAGGUGGAUGGGCUCCUGCGGCAAGGGGACAUGCUUCGGGCGUUUCAUGCAGCCCUGCGGAAUUCUCCCGUCAACACCAAGAAUCAAGCUGUGAAGGAACGAGCCCAGGGUGUGGUGCUGAAAGUACUUACAAAUUUUAAGAGCAGCGAGAUUGAGCAGGCUGUGCAAUCACUGGACAAAAAUGGCAUUGACUUGCUAAUGAAGUACAUUUAUAAAGGGUUUGAGAAGCCCACAGAAAAUAGCAGCGCAGUGUUACUCCAGUGGCAUGAAAAGGCAUUAGCUGUAGGAGGACUAGGCUCCAUUAUAAGAGUUCUUACAGCAAGAAAGACUGUUUAAAAAAAAAAGACUCAUGUUACCUUGAGAAGAAUUUUGGAUGCACAGGCUGGUGAAGAAGGGAUUGACAAUGGACCAUCUUCCUAGGAACUCCCAACUAUUUCAGGACAUGCAUCCGCUGAAGUGUAUUUUAUUUUCAAGGUGGAGGGAGAAAUUGUCUUACUGUUUCCUAAAUCCUUUUGCAGGAUCUGAUAGUCUAUGCCUUUGUCCACGAAUAAUGCAGAACUGACAUUGUGACUGUCUGCCAGAGUGGCUGGCCAGUGUUGGUCAGGUGUCCCUGUGUGCACUGCCUGUUUAAAACGGGGGAGGGAUGCUUUGGGCAGGUGCAGAUCCAAGGGCUGCGGUGGAAGGGAGAGCUUGAGUUUCUGAACUGGAAACCCCCCAAGGGUUUGUACAGACAUCCCAUCCUCCCAGAAGGCGGGCUCUCUUGGGUUCAUUGUAAAGUGCCUGCUGCAUCAAUAAAGCUCUUGGCUUAUUAGUA